CUCAACAGACAUGAGUCAACAUUGAAAACAUACAGUGAUAGGCAACAAAUAUAUUAUACAUACUGAAUAACUUGCUCAAUACAACAAGGCUUAUAUUGCUUUUCCUUUCUUCUUUUCUACCUUGUUUUGUUUUAUUUAAAUUAUCUUUUUAUGUUUCUCGGAAUAUCAUAAGCUCGCCUAUUUAUAGCGGCAUAGAUAUCUCACCUAAAUCCCAUCAACCCUUUUUAUUACAUUGCUUACGCAAGCUAGAAUAUACUCAGGAGCCAUGCAGAGCAACACUCCCAGCUCAUCUCGCCCGCUUACCUCGCGGGUACCGGGCCAGCUUCACACACCCACGCACUCCUUUAGCGAUGCCGCCUUCACUCCGGACUCCUCCGAAGUCAGGGUGGGUACCUGGAACGACAAACGGUCUAGGGAAGAGCUAGAUCUUGCGCGAGCUAGACUUGCUGACCAGAAGUUCAACAUGAGAGACUACGAAGAUCCUCUCUUACCCCGUCAACAUCCGCAGUCUCAUUACUACCCAAAGGGUGUUACGGCAGAGACGGAGGCCCAACUACUGAAACUCGUUGCUGAACUUACGGGCUCCUCUAGUUAAGUCUGGCGGGCUUGUAGCAUAAACUGGCACCUAGUUUCUAAGGAUUUCUACACCGGAAUUUUAUACUAUCAACCCUAGGAAAUAUAUUGUCUUUCUAUCUAUAUCAUUCUGUCCCUACCCCAAGCUCCUUUUAUUUUCGGCAUGCCCGUAGAUUAACAGACCGCUUCGAAAGAUAUUCGAAACUGUUGUCUAUGAUUCCUGUUAAGUCUGCCACAUAAUAAUGACAUAGCUUGCUAGAGCGUGACAAUGUCUUGGUGUAAGUUAGGUAUAAAAGAGCCC